UUAAUAUCUCUCUAUCUCCUUAAUUUUGGCUUGAAUUUCUGAAUUUGAGGCUUCUCUGCCCUAUGAUUUAUAAUUUACGUAUGAAGGAUUCUUUCUACUCUUGAGUUGUAAAAUAGGGUUGAAGUUAAAUUUGAUCAUAUUUGCAUUUGGGUAAUGUAAAAUGUCUCAAGAGGGGGUGUUAGGCCAUUUGGGACUCUUCUUCCAUGGUGUUUGGUCAUUUGAGACAAAAACAAGAUUGGGAUGGUCAGAAUGGUGAAGAUAAAACGGGGUGGUGCUACCAUCGGAAGAAGAGUCUCCCAUGGUGUUAGGCCAUUUGAUGUUGGUGAUAUUGUCUGAAAUUUGAUCAAUAAUUAUGUGUGGGUAUUGGUAUCUUCUCUACAUUGUCUGGUUUUUUAUGCUUGAACGAGAGAUUGCAAAUUUUGGCAUAAUGUUAGAUACAAUGUGAUACACUCUGGCCGUUUUCGCAUUGCUGGGAUAGGGGUUCAUUAUCACUUCUCUCGUUGAUUAAAAUCGUACCCACCAGUUAUGUACUUGUUCUAGUUAUAGGAAAUUUGGUUUGUAUUAACCUGCAAAUUAUGAGACACUCAUUAUAUGGAUGGGCACUAUAGAGUGGUACAUUGAAUGUCGAUAAAAAGGGAGAAUGAUCUUUUUUGUAAAUGGGUGUGCUCUUUGCGCUCUUCAUUCUCAUCCUGAUCUCCCAGUGCAGGAGAGAUGUGGGGGAGCGACAAUAGUGCCCCCCUUUGCUAAUUAUAGAAAUGAAUGAAAAUUUGAUGUAUUUCAGACUAGAAUUAUGAUCACUAUGAAGUUCUAAUUUGGGGCUUUAUUCGGCUAAUAUGAUUGGAUUCAGUGGAAACAAAGUAGAGAGUACCUGUAGUAAUUCUUCUUCACAAAUUGUUGAGAGAGCUCUGGUAUAUUCAAGUAUUUGACGAGUUGUGUGUGCAGAUUGAUUGUGCUUUUCUAGGGUAUCUGUUUUGGAAGGUUAUAAUAUUUCCGUUGUUCCUGCUACUCCAUCACAUAAGACAAACGGAUUGUCAAAUUUCUGAAAAUUGCCAUUAUGCAUUCCUUUUUUUAGGUCUCCACUAUCUAUAUUUAUCACUGGGAAUUAUUCGAAAAAAAAUGUCAGGGAGACGAAAAAUACCAUCAUCUUUUGAGCGACGUCCCAUUCAAUCUCCAGGUAUGAUGCGGCAUGGUCCAUUGCCCGGGUCAGGGCCUACAACUGGCCACCAAUCAUUUGAGUCACUACCCCAUCCUGAACUAUUGGAAAAUAAAAUUGCAUAUCAAGCAGCAGAGAUAAAACAACUGGCAGGAGACAAUAAUAGAUUGGCAGCUUCUCAUGUGGAUUUAAGGCGGGAUCUUGUAGCUGCAGAGGAGGAUGUAGAAAGACUCAAGGCACACAUGAGAAGCAUCCAGACUGAGAGUGACAUUCAGAUCCGGGUUUUGCUUGAUAAGAUUGCAAAACGGGAAGCAGACAUAAAGGCUGGUGAGGGUUUGAAGAAGGAAUUGCAAAAGGCUCACAUGGAAGCACAGAGCUUGUUUAUAGCACGACAAGAGCUGACCAUUAAAAUUCAACAGGCCAAAGAGGAAUUACAGAAAGCUCGACUGGAUGUUCAGAAACUACCAGAUUUGAAUGCUGAACUUGACAGCUUGAGGCAAGAACACCAGAGGCUGCGUUCUACUUUUGAAUAUGAGAAGGGUUUAAACACAGAGCAAGUUGUGCAAAUGAAAGCAAUGGAGAAGAAGCUAAUUGGGAUGGCUAGAGAAGUAGAAAGGUUGCGUGAUGAGGUCCUGAAUUCCGAGAAGAGAGAACAUGUUCUAGCACCAAACACACAUACUGGUGGUUACACAAAUCCAGAUUCGCAUUUCCCACGUAAUAUCCAAGGUGGUAGUGCGAAUUUUGAUGGUUAUGGGAGGCCUUAUGUUUCUUUCGGUAUUCGGCCACCAAGAGAUGGAAUAGUUCCAUAUGGCAGAAGCAGCAACGUAGCUGCUGGUGUAGGUAUCCCAACUGCUGGUGGUGGUGCUAUUUGGGGACCAGCUUAUGAUUCCUCGCUUGAUGCAGCUGCCCCUAGCUCUGGGGUUGGUGCUGUUUGGAGAGGUGCAUAUGAUUCUGCGCUUUCUCAAUAGUGAAUACUGGACAAGACCUUUGGUUUCCAGGGCAUAAGGCGAAAGUUUAGUGCGGGUCGUAGGAUUGAAGGGAUUAUUUUCUUCUUUUGGUUUGUGUAGUAAGUUGAAUGAUGCUUUUUCCAUAGAGAAUUAUCGAGUAUUGGUAGUGAUAGGUGUAGUAGAAAAAAUUGUACAAGUUGUCUAAUGCACAAGCUUUUUAUUUUUCAAUCUUUACAGUGAUAACGAUGAUGUAGGUGUAAAUAUAUAGAUAUUGAUUGUAAACAGAA